GCUUGUUCUCUGCGCUCAUUCGCGCAUUUUUGCACUUGUCUACGCGCCGCCAAGUACUCAGAACCUGUGCAAUCGCUGUCGAAGAGACCGAUUAGUGACCGGAGCAUCAGUCGUAUGUCAGGAUCGACUCUCGAUGAUGGCGGCAUACCAGGAUCCCCGACGAGCGAGAGUACCUCUAGUAUGUCAACCAUUCAAGACUGCCGCAUAUACAUCGCUGAACUUCCCCAAGCACGGUUCUCAACCUUCCAAAGACUGUCUCAGACCAAGAAUAAGAGAGCGCUACCGCCAGCUUUCUGUGUUGUUUCAUCCGGACAAGCACCAGGAUGAGACCGCUAAAGCGACGGCGACUAAGCGGUUCUUGGAAAUCCAAAAGGCAUAUCAAGUCCUGUCCGACCCCAUUAGCCGACGUGCCUAUGACCUGCUAGCUCAGGUCCACAAGGUUUACAAGUCAUUCGGAGCGUUGACUUAGCUGACCUCCCGGAGGCCGAGCUCGACAAAUCCUACUGCAACGAGGUCGGGAAGUGCAGGAUGACGACCUGAGUUUCUGUCAAGUCGGAAGGCCGUGUCAUCGCUGGAUUCGACGCUAGUUCAUUGUUUGAUGAGGAUAUCG